CGGAUCUGGGUUGCUCUUGGUAUCAAAUCGGACCCAAACCUCUGGACGCAAAUCCCGAGAGUGGGACGCGGGAUCUCACGGGAAAGGAAGUCUUGCUGCCAGUGGCCAAACCUGCGCGGGUUCUGCGCAUGCCUCUUGCCGCUGGCCGCCCCCACCUUCCCUUGUUUUCAAUAGGCCUCAGCUGGGAGGCGGUCCUGGGCCGUCCAGCAGCAGCUCUUCCGGGCCCUGCAACACGACCGGUGGUGGAAAGCUCAAGAAUUGUCUAAAUCUUUCGAACAAUAGCACAAAAUGAAUGAGAAAUCCCAGGGAUCAGUAUCAUUUAAAGAUGUGACUGUAGGCUUCACCCAGGAGGAAUGGCAACACCUCGAUAUAAGCCAGAAGUCCCUGUACAGAGAUGUGAUGCUGGAGAACUACAGCCACCUGGUGUCUGUGGGGUAUUGUGUGACAAAGCCAGAAUUGAUCUUCAGGCUGGAGCAAGGAGAAGAGCCAUGGAUGUUGGAGGAAGAAUUCCCAAGGCAGAGCUUUCCAGAAUUUUGGAAAACUGAUAACCUGAAGGAGAGGAGCCAAGAAAACCAACCUAAACAUUUGUGGGGAGUUGUAUUCAUCAGUAGCACAAUGCUGACUAAGGAACAAGAGUAUAACAGCAGAGGAACACCACUGACUUAUUCCUUGUGGCCACCAUUAUCCCAAUACUCAGUUCAGACACUUCAGGAAAGGAAUAAUACAGGCAAUUAUCUGUCUUGAAUGUAGAUGCAGAAUUUUUCCACUACAUAUUAGCCCAUCAAAUUCAACAAUGUAUAAAAAGAAUUAUACACCAUGACUAUAUGGGGUUUAUUGCAGUUGUGUGAGACUGAAUAUCAUAUCAUUAAGCCAAAGACAAACUAUGAACCUUGCAGUAGGUGCAGUAAAAGCAUUUGACAAAACCAGUAAUUACUUGUGAUAAAACCUCUCAACAAACUCAGAGUACAGAGAAAUUUCAACAGGGUACAUAAUUACUACAAGCUACAGUAAAGUCAUAAUGUCUUAAACCCAGAUGCCCUCUGGCUAAGAUGAGGAACAAGGUAAGGAUAUCCCCUUUCACUCCUGCUUUUCAAUAUCGUUAUAAAGGUCAUAGUGAGUGCAGUAAGACAAAGAAAAAAGAAAAGACACUGAGAUUUUGAAGGAGGAAUUGAUUGUUACUUGAUCAGGUACAGCUGCUUACUCCAUGACAGGCUGAUUAAGUCAAGAGACAAGAUGUUGAUGUAAAGUAGGUGUUUUUUUUUUUUUCAAAAACCAUCUAGAGAAAGUAGGGGACUUUAGUCACAGAGCCUAUUUUUCCUGGAAGCUGAUUCAGGUGUGGUUAAUCUAGGCAGUUGAUGGAUGUGCCCAGACUGGCAAGCAUCUCACAGCAGUAGGGGUGGACGAUGCUGCCUAGCCAUGAGAUGCUGCUCAGGUUUUACAGAUCUCAGAGUCAAAGGUCUUUAUUCCCUCAGUCUGUUCCUGUCACCAGUUACAUAUUUCUCAGUGGACAGGUUGGGUGGAGGGAUUGCUUCCCCCAAAGCCCUCUCAGUGGUGGAAGUGAACAAAACCAUCCUGAACGAUCAGCUUCAGUUCCCCAGAUCCCCACCAUCAGAUGUCCAUUCCUCAGUGUGUGACUGCUAGAAUCAGGCAUCCUCCCUCACACGUGUUAGAAAUUCUGGUUUUAUCUCUGAUGUCAGCACCAUGGCCAUCUGUUAACAAUAUUGACUGAAAAAGUCGAUUAGUUUCCCUUUGUCAGUUUUACCUGGGGCUCCUGUUGGGAAAUAUGGCCUCAUAUCCAAAGGAGCCCUACAGCUCCCUUAGUAUUUUUCCUGCUGUGAAGGAGGCUCGGUAUUCACAUUGGAUUCCCUUUUUUCAAACAUACACCUUUGCUGAUAUGUUUGAAGUGAAUCCCUGCCCCAUCCCAGAGUACUGCUCCAUUUGGGAGUAUAAGAAAACAGUUCUCAUCAUGGUUUCCUGAGUGUAGUUCAAGCUGCUCUCAGGAGAAGCACAAUGACUUCACUUAAACAGCUUAUUCCAGGCUCUUCAGGUUGCAGUGCAGUUAACAUUACAUUUGAAACAUGAUUAGUCAAAGGCUGAGAGUACUCUGAAUUUCCAUUCUUUGUGGAAAAAGUGGCCAAACAUUUCCAUGUUCCUGAGCUGCCAACUUUUCAAGCUUUCAUUAUCUUUCCAAAAAUAUAUUAAAAUUUCUACUCCAUUGCAAACUGUCCCAAAUAAAUCCCUAUCUAAUUUUGCUGUUUUUAUAUAUUCAGUUAAAGCAAAACAGAUGUGGAAAAAAAUUGGCUCCAACCAUAAAAAUCUGAGUUAGCACUGAUCAUUUUAUGGUCAUCUGGCUGUAAUGCAUGUUGUGCAGAAGCACUUUGGAUUACCUGGCAUGAAAUAAAUCCAUACACUUAUAACUCUACAAACUUGAGUUACAUCUCAGACACAUAGCAUGCUGAAUCCUCAUAUGUACAAUAUUCCUACAAAAGAUAGAGAUAAGCCAUCAUUUUAAGUUAUUUAUUCUUGUCAAAGCAGAACCCCAGAAUUGGUGUGCUUGAAACGUAGAAAGUAAUGGACAUUGCCUUGUACUUUCAUUUUCAUAUUUAUUUGCAUUAUUUCUGGAGCAUUUGUUACAAAUGCUUUGCAUAGGAAUAUUUUGUUGCUUUACCUUGUGGAAUAUGUGGGUCACCAUAUUCUGACUGUUGAGCACAUUACCUGAGUUCUAACAAGCAAUCAGUUAAAAUGGCACAUGACAAAAAACAUCUUCCUGCAAACCACAAAGAACAUCCAAACUGUGUUAACCAUGCUAGAUCCCAGAUGAUUACUUAUUCGUAACUCUCUUGGCACAGUUUAAAAUAACCCUUGGCUGGAAAACAAACUAUAAACAAGGCAAAAAGAGGGAUGUGAUGAUCAUGGGCAACUGUCCUGUACAACAGCGAAACUAGUAACAAAAAUGAAGGUUCAGCACAAUUUUCCUUAUUGUCAUUGAAGAGAUCUCUUCAUACUUAGAAAAUAGUUAAAAAAAAAGACUUAAGAAUAGACUAGUUCAGUCUGAAGGGAUCACAGUGGACAGUGCUGAUAUAAACUAGACUUCUUUUGCAUAGCUUUUACCAGUUUACUGAGUUCCAAUCAGAGCUGAUACUGAGGCAGUUCCUUCACUGAAAGGACUGGAAUUCUCCACCUCUGGCCUGUGUUGUCCCCUGUAUUCCACCGCCACUCUUCAGGCUUUUCGCAUAUUCUCAGGAGUUCCACCCCCCACCCUUUUUAAAAGGGAAGAAUAUCAUUAUUCCCUAUGAGGGUUCACAUAUAUUCUGCCUCCUCCUGCCUGAGAAUCACAUCACUAAGCUUUCUGGAUCUGGAAACUGGUUCUACCAAUGUUGUGUCUAAAUAAUGUGUUUUAUUGAACCCCAGCAAAGCAGGAAAUGAAUCAAACUCUCGAUCUCCUGUUGGGAGGCUAGAAGGGAUCCCUACGGAAGGAGGCUGAAUGGGUGCUGGUGGCCCCAGUGGGCAUGGGCUGCUGCUGUUGAUGUAGUGGGAGAUGCAUGAUUUCUUAAGUUGAGCACAUAGUCCCUGGGUCUGGUGCUCAAGUCCUGCGGGCCAAGGAUUUAGCUCAGUGCUUUGGUGGCCUGCCUUGUAAGCACAAGGACCUGAGUUCAAUCCCCGGUACAAAAAAAAAAACAAAAAAAAAAACACCUGUGCUUUUGGCCCGGCAACAGUGAACUACCUCUGGCUGGCUGAACUUUCUGCUGAUAGGGAAAACUUUUAUAAAUAGCAAAAGCCUAUAAAGUAUUACAAUAUAAAAUGGCUUCUGCCAUCCCUAACAGCAGUGUGCUUUGUUGAGUUCAGAAUUAACAGACACCGGAGGCAUUAACCACUAAAUGAGGCAUCUGUUCUCAUCCUGCGAUAACAGAGCAUAUCAAAACCCUGGGCGCCGAAGUUCUGUAAACCACAUGAUUGUAAAAGUAUCAAGAUGAAAAGAACCAUUAUUAAUAUUUGCUUUCCUGACCCUGAACACUCCCUUCCUAUAGGCUAGGAUAGAUAGGCUAAUCUUCAAGGUAAACUCCCCGAACCACGAAGAAUUGCUACAUCUGGGUUGAAAGUUAACUGUUUUGUGUCCAUGAUUUGUUUGGUAAUGUGAGAAUAAAAUGUAACCACCUGAAUGAGACCAAGGCUGUAAAACCCUAUAAAAUGAGGUGUUGUAACCCAGUGCGUUGUCGAUCCAGGCAUGACUUAUGUGUGAUUGAUCCUUAUCGAUAAGUAAAUUUAUUAUUUUACUUCCAUUCUUCUGUCUCUCUGUGUGUCAUUUACUGAUUCCUUCCAUAAUAUCGCAGUCCCAGCUACUCUGAGCCUUUGAGUUGAAGUUACCUGCCAUGGCCACCUACACACUGAACCACUGUACCUGCCCUUUCCAGCCCUUUUCUCUGAAACCUAGGAGACCAGCUCCAGUCUUAGCCUCACAGCAAUCACCUGCUUUGCCAAGCAAAAGUGUUCUUUGUUGCAGAUCCAGACUGGUGGCAGGAGCAUCUUGCAGGUGCACUCUUUACAUUUGCACUUGCUACAGUCCUUGUGCCUCUAGAUCUGUAAGCCAAGUCCUGUAAACCAAGUCAUCUCUGCUUGGUAGCUUAAGAUCACUGGCCUUGAUCUCAGAUUGGGGCUGCACUCAAAUUAUUCCAUUACCCCUGGAAGGAAAGGUGAGCUUUUAUUUUUAUCCUUUGCAGCACCAGUUUGGAUAGAUGUUGAAUUUUUCAUCAACUAGUUUAUGUACCCCCCCAAACAAAGAUGCCACUGAUACAACUGGUUAAAAGUCCAGCAACUAUCAGAUCUGCAGUUUGGAACUGCAAAAGCCCAAAAGUGGGGUGUUUACCCGCAUAAACAUUACCUAGUUGGUGGAGAAAGGAAUUACUGAUACAUGCAUUGGAGUGAUUUAGUGAAAAGC